AAUUCUCACAACAACAACUUAAUUAAUUAGCUAUAUCACACAUAAGAAGUUGUCAUGGCCUCAUCAAAAAUUUUCUUGAUUUUCAUUUUGGCUGCAUUAAUAGCAACCCCUGUUGCAGUAGCCCAAUUAGGAGGACUUCUGGGUGGCCUUCUUGGCCCAAUAAGUAUAGAUGGGGUUCUAUUUUGUAGCCUUAACGGCAAAAUAGAUGUCCUCAAUGGAGCCACCACCCCAAUUUUCCCUAAUGCAUCGGUGCAAUUGCGGUGUGGAGCAGGAAAUGUAGUAUCAAGUACAACAACAAAUGGAUCAGGAGCGUUUUCGUUGGUGUUGAAUCCAGUACAAAAUAUAUUAUCAUCAUUGUUGUCUAACUGCAACAUAGUGGUUACAACUCCGCUCUCAACAUGUAACGCUAGCUUACCAUCCGUUGGGGUUCUGCAGGCACCUUUGCAGAUUGUUGGGAGAACCACUGGUGGACUUGUCAAUUUAGUUACUGGUGUUUUUCAACUUAUUCCCCUACUCAAUUAAGUAAUUAAUUACUUACCCAAAAAUGCUACCUACUCCUUUAUGUGUUGUUUAAUUAAUUAAUGUUGCCUAGUGAUGCAUCAGCUAGUUAAUGUUCCAGCUGAUUGCAUAAAUAAGGAUUAAUGUUGUUUGUGUCCACUGUAAUUGUUUGAAUGUUGGAGUGUUUGUCAUUAUACAAUUGUGCAAAUAAUAUUUGCAGUUAAGUGUAA